GAUAAACGCGAUUGCUUGGAAUCUCAGUUUCUUAUUAGACCAUUGAUAAAUACAAACAAAAGUUUUGUCUGCAACACAAAAUUCGUAAUAAAAGUGUUAAAAUGAAUAUUAAUUUACCCAAUUUCAAUGUUAAAAAUCUCGUUAAGGAGGCGGGCAGUACAAUAUCUCGUGUUGUGCAGCUGACAGAGGAGAAACUUGGCACCACCGAGCGUACCGAAUACGAUUUACACUUCCAGAAUCUAGCGGAACGUGCCGAUGUGACCAAAACAUGGACAGAGAAAAUCGUCCGAGAUACCGAAUCGGUGUUAAUUCCAAAUCCACAGAAUCGUGUCGAAGACUUCAUAUUUGAAAAGAUUGAAAAAUCGAAGCCAAAACGUCUCAGCAACCUGGAGCAUCUGGCCCUGGACAUGAUCGAAGCAGGCGGAGAUUUCGGGCAGGAUAUGCCCUAUGGUCAAGCCCUCAUUAAAGUUGGUCAAGCAGAACAAAAGGUGGGACAGUGUGAGCAUGAUUUCAUUGCCACUUCAGGCAUUUGUUUUACGCAACCGUUGCGCAAAUUCCUCGAUGGAGAAAUGAAAACCAUAAGCAAAGAGCGUGGCAUUCUGGAGACGAAGCGUUUGGAUCUGGAUGCGUGUAAGAACCGUGUGAAGAAGGCACGCAGCAUGCUUGGACAGCAGUCGAAAGAUGGCAUCUCGCCAGAAGCUGUCUUGGAACAGGCGGAACGGGAUCUUCGUGUGGCCCAAGCCGAGUUUGAUCGCCAAUCGGAGAUAACCAAGUUGCUGCUGGACGGCAUUAGUACAUCGCAGGCCUCCCAUCUGCGUCAUUUGCAUGCAUUCAUACAGACUCAGGUGCGCUACUAUAAACAAUGCGGCGAUGUCAUGGAUCAACUGCAACGCGAUUUGGCCAAAAUGCAGCCCGCCAAGCCACGCCUGCGCAUAAAUAGCGAAGAUGUCGAUGGGCCUCCCAGCAUAGUGUCGGCUCAUUCAUUUGACUCUGAUUGCGAUAGCAAUUGCACUGCACUAGCACUUGCUCUAGAUGCAACGAGUAAUGAUAUUGAGGCUGGUUAUACUAGCAUUCAUAUUGGUCAGAACAAGGCGCUGACGCAUCUGUUGGAAGACUUUGAGAUCGAAUUCGAUACGAGCGCCAUAACAACAGUCAUCUUUGUCACCGAAUGCUCACCGGUCAACGAGGAUUACAUGUAUGGUAAGCAGGGUCUGAUGAAGGGCUUGGUGCCCCGCGCAUUUGUGGAAAUGCUCGACGAGGAGCAAGAGGUUCCACUCUAAGGUAACUCAUAAGGCCGAACAAACAACUGAUAAGACACAGCCAGUGGCAAUUUAAACUCAAGCUAACAUUGAAUAUACAUAUAUACGGCAUACGCGAAAAGAUAUUAAUGCGAAUUACUCAUACACAUUUAGAUGAUGAAGGCAAUUAAUUGGACAAUUACAAUUACAUUAUUCAUACAUACAUAAUACAUAUGCAAGAGAGUACAAUAAUUUAUCAGAAUAUACAUAUACAAUAUACAACAUACCUAUAUUAUAUUAGCUUAGUCCAUGUCGUUCAAUCAGUGUGCCUCUAGUAACCCAAGCAUUCCAAACAAAACGUAAAUAAAAACCAACUCCUGCAUAGAACUUCCUAUCUAGUUCUCUUGCUCAUUGCUCAGCUUUUAAUGGCCAGCAAAGGUCAAAUAUAUACAUACAUAUAUAAUGCUAAUAUCAAGAAGAAUCUCUGCAAUGCAAUUGUUUUUAUAAUUCCUUGAAACUCAAUUACUUACAAAUUAAUUACUAUACAAAAAAAAUCUCAAAUAUUGUUACUUGUAAACUUAUCUUUAUAUAAUGCAAAAAUGUUUACAGAAUAUCCCAAGUUUUAUAAUUGUUGCUAAAAAUAAUCUAAUCUACAAGAAAAGCCUUUUAUUCUUAUUAUUCCUAAGCCUAAUCUCACAUUGAACAAAGUAUUAUAUUUUAUGUUAUUUUGUUAAUUGUUUACGGUUAGUUAUAUUUAAAUAUACAUUUAUGAGAUUGUUAAUUCUAUAUACUAGUAUUUGUCUAUUUAUCAACUCGGUAUUUAAAGUGUCGCAUUUCAUCUCACAUUUACUUAAGUUACACUAUUUAAUACUCAUUAACGCACUUCCAUUUAAAAGAUUUGCAACUCCUUGUUUUGGUGCAAUUUCCCAAGUCAAUUACGUAUUGCUUGUAAGGUUUGAAAACAAAAAUCCCCCCAAUUGAAUAUUGAAAAAAGACAACACCAAACAAAAGCCAUGCCAAUCCAGACUUUAAGCGUAAUCAAAGCAAUGAAAAUAAAAUUUAAAUAAAAACGUACAAUAAAAAGGCAUAGGCGAGCGAAUUAAACAACGAUCUUUAGGUUUUCAACGUUGAAAUGCGAAUAGAAAAGAUUUUAAAACUAUGUAAAGCAAAUGUAUCAAAUAUUAAAUAACACACAUAUAAAUAAUUGAAAUACAAUAAAAUGUUUACAAAAAUUCA